AUGCUUUGGGAGCUGAGUUCAGACUAUCAUUUACAUAAUCAGCAUCCACUCAAAAAGGCCUCAAGGCGAGAUUAUCGUAACUGGUAUAACAAGAAAGUUCUAGAGACAAAACACUAUGAUCAAGAUCCAGAAUUGUUUAGGAUACCCAUUGAAUUUCGUAUACCAGCGACUGAUCCAGACGAAAGCGAUCUUUACCAAGGAUAUUGGGUUGAGUAUUAUAAUCAUAAGGAAUACACUAGCUUGGAAAAGCUGUUUACAUACAAUAUGAAUGGCACAUUGAAGUAUCGACCACUCAAGCUUAUUGCAAACUCAAAUGAGUCAAGAGAACUGACCAAAGCCGAAGCAUCAGAAAUGAGUCCAUUCACGGUUAGGUCCAUGAGCAAGAGUACAUCUACUGCCAACAAUAAAGUAUUAAAAGAACAAAAGGCAGAUGUGGACGAAGAGAAAAAGAACGAGAAAGAUAAGCAGCCUGCUUGGACUAUCGAAGGCAUGGUUCAACGUAGCCUCGAACCCAGCAUUACUCACAGUGAACUAAAGGAAUAUAAAAGAUACGCUCAACAAUUUAAAAACACUGAAAAAUUAACAGCAAGCUACGGUAAUCAAGUCAGUGGCUCCAACUUUGAGCAUUUUCCAGAAUUCCAACAAUAUCAAAAUUAUGUUCAAAAGAAUUUACUGAGUGAACACCGAACGAUGUUAAAGGCAUCCAGUAUAGAUGAGCAAGUCUAUAAUACAUAUGUAGAUAUACCCAGACGAACAGCCUCUAUUCAAGUGAGCAGAGAAUGGAGUAGUAAUGCUAGAAAAAGAUAUGAGGGAUAUGCUAUCUAUUUGCGAAGUGGAAGAUAUCCAUCUCAAAAUCAGAUAUACCAACGAAGACAGAGCAGCAGUGGCAUAUUGCAGCUUGAUGAUAAAUUUAAACCUCAGUAG